AUGGCGGCAAAUAUUGAUGGAGUUGGAGGCGCUGGCAACUGUAAUGCGCAAGAGGGGACUCAUGAGCGUGUCGAACUUGAUAAUAAUGGUGCUGCGGACUUGCAAUUGCUCUUGCAUACGUACAAGAAAUGGCGGGUCCCUGAGCACAUCGCAGUUGCCUGGGGAGACUGGCUUCACGAGGAACUCAACAGCGACUCACAUGACGUACUCAAGGGGAAAUUCUCACUUGAACUUGUGCUGGGCUGGUCCGUCGCCAGGAUUGCCGUCGUGAUUCUCAUACCAGUUGUGCUAAGCCUCGCCAUCGGACUCUGGUUCAACUCAAAGGGCUGGACGGACCCAACAACCAUUCAGACCGCUUGGUCUAUCGCAUCCUACAUUGUGACAGCAGGAGGUUUCGUUGCUGCUUUGCUUGGUAUUAUGAGCAGUCUUGCCGAUAAAUAG